UCAACCGAGCAGUUACUCCUUAUAAAAUUUUUCAAAAUAAGCUUCCAGUUUUUUAGAGCUGUCUCUAAAAUAAUUUAAAAAGAAUGAAGAUCUUCAUCUUGCUCCUUAGCUACGUAAUUUUCCUUAAUAUUACUACGUUAGAAGCAUUGUUUAGCAGGGCGGUUAACCAAAUGUUCGAAUUCUAUGGUCUCAAAACGGUUCAUCCUGAUAUUCGUCGAGGAGACUUCGUUUCUUUAAUUCUAAGAGGUGUGGAACCCUUUACCCGUAUUAGCGGUGGUGUUUAUACUGGAUCUCUGGAGGGACCAGUUGAAAACCCUGAAGCAGUUCAAAGAGGCCCUACAGAUAAUCGCUUUUUCGUACGAUUGUCGCAUGGUGUUUUUUAUGCAAACCUAGUUCAUCGUCCUGAUCUUACUGAAGAUCUUGGUGGACCUAAUCGCUGUUAUAUUGUAGGACCAGAGGACAAGAAUGGACGAAGAGGAAUUGUUUUUUCAGCUGCUCUUGCUCUUCAUAAACCGGCUGAACCCAGUAAUAUUUGGCUAGAAAAGAACGCCCUUAAUGAACGGAAAACUCCUUACAUGUGGGGAGUUAAUUUCGAACAGCGUAAGCAUGGUGUUCUUCCCAGAUGGGCGCUCAAGGAGAAUGUGGAAUCAGCAGAGCGAAUUGAAUCAUCGCAAUAUUAAUAACAGCGAAUAAUUGUAUUGCAUAAAUCAAGGUUGCAACAAACUUCCAAGUUUAAAAUUUUUUGAUAUUUCCCCGACUAAUUUUUUAUUUUAAUAGA